AUAAAAACCCAGCUUCUUCACCCUCAUUACUCGCAUCCGUUGUCUGAAAGAGGAAAACAAAGCCAUUUUUAGUGGUUUCGCUCUCUCUCCCUCUCUCUAGAGAAGAGGCAUUCCCUUUGUCGGAGUGCGCUUCUGCUGAGUGUUUCUUUCGUUUUCUUUUGUUUUAAGUUUUGGAGUAAAGAGUGUUUCAAGCUUCUUAGUCCUAUUGGCUGCUUAACGACCUAAGCUAACCCCGCCCGAUAUAGGUGAGUUCAUUUUGGGGUUCUCAGCCGUCAACUGUGAAAUUAAAUAGUGGUUUAUGGUGGAUUCUCUUUUUAGAGUAACAUUUGUUUCCCUUUUGGAUGACUUGUUGUUGGUUCCCUGGUGAUGAUGAAAUGGGACGUGAUUUGGAUUUGGAUUUUGGAGUUUCUAUGAUAUAAAAUCUUUUGGAACUUUUUGUUUGUUAAAUUUGAAAGUUUUAUGGAUUUGUUAUUUAAAUUGUAUUUUACUUUAUUUCAUUUUUUUUAAGUCCUGUUUUUCCUCUCUGCGAUUUGUUUCUGGUUUCGUGGUGAUCAUGAUCAUGAAAUGAGACGUGCUUUGGAGUUUUUAUGAUCUGAUUUUUUUUUUAAAUUUCCUGUUUGUUAAUUCUGAGAUUUUGAUCGAUUUAUAAAGCUUCUGCUUUCCAUGACUAUGGAUUAUGGUAUGGAGUAGAUCUGCGCUUGACGAAGAACGUAAUUAUAACAAUAAAAUCUUAUUUACGUAAGAGUUAAGAUCACGACGAUAAAUCCCUCGAAUUACAUGGUUAUGAAUUAUGAUUUUGCUCUUACGGUGACAGAUAAUUUUUUUUAAUAAAUAUCUGUUUAAUUGAAAAUUCAUCGUCGUUUAAAAUUUUGCCAACUUUUUAUAAUCCUCUGUUUAACUAAAAGAAGUUCGUGUUUUCUUUUUCACGUUUUUUCUUCUGCUGUAUUAACCGUGAAGGUCUUUUAGAUUAUUGGACCUGCUUUUCUCGUGUAUCCGUCCAAACUUGCUCUAACUCUAAGCAUACACUUUUUGUUUUCUUUUCUUUUUUUCUUAGAAAAUUUUUUUUUCUGAAAGUAAAAAAUUAAGAAUUUAUUUAUUUUUCUAAUAAAAAGAGGAGCUUUGUUUAUAGUCUGAACAGAUCAUUGUGGUCCGCCGGCGGCCUUCUCUUUUUCAUAUUUAUUUUUUUCCGUUGAUGAUCUUCAAGUAAACCAUCUGAAAGUUACUUGAUUAUAAAAGAUAGUUCGUAUAUUCCUUCAAAAAAAAAAAACCAAAAAGUAGCUUACAAUCCCAAUUUAGCGACGAACUGUAGCUUAAAUCACAGUAAAUAAAUAAAUUUGAACAGUUGCUCUCUUUUUUCAUUCAUACCUUGACCAUUCCAGAUUUUUCUUCAUGGACAUAAUAUUUUAUCCCAAUAAACAAAAAAAAAAAAAAAAACAGAGCUGGUUUUCUGUCUCGAUAAAUAAAAAAUGCUUUUUAAUAUUUUACACAAAUUUUUUCUUUUUCAGAAAUUUUUUUUUCGUUCUUUAUAAGUUUCGUGUGGGUUCAAAAUUCCAUGAUUGUUCAGCGGAUAGGUGAGAAAAUGUUAAGCACAACAUCAGUGAAGCAAUUGGGGUGGUUUCUUUCUUCUGGAAAAUCUCAUGGCACUGGAAAUGUUCCUUACAAAAGCCUAAACUUUCCAAGAUAUUUUAAACCCAUAGUUAUCAGGUGUUCAUCAUAAAAAAUGACUGUCACGCCAGGAAUUUCCAUCAACGAUGGGAACCUUGUGGUUCAUGGGAAGACCAUCCUCACUGGAAUGCCUGACAACAUUGUUUUGACCCCAGGAUCCGGUGUCGGGCUUGUUGCUGGUGCUUUUAUAGGUGCUACUGCUUCGGAUAGCAAAAGCCUUCAUGUCUUUCCAAUAGGUGUUUUAGAGGGCCUCCGGUUUAUGUGCUGUUUCCGUUUCAAACUAUGGUGGAUGACUCAGAGAAUGGGAACAUGCGGGAAAGAUGUCCCUUUUGAGACUCAAUUCAUGCUCGUAGAGAGCAAGGAAGAAGAUGAUCCUAAUGUCCCAACGAUCUACACUGUUUUCCUCCCUCUCCUUGAAGGCCAGUUCCGUGCUGUUCUUCAAGGCAAUGACAAGAAUGAGCUUGAAAUAUGCCUUGAGAGUGGUGAUAACACUGUUGAAACAAAUCGAGGCCUUUACCUUGUCUACAUGCAUGCUGGGACCAAUCCAUUUGAAGUUAUCAACCAGGCUGUAAAGGCAUUGGAGAAACACAUGCAAACUUUCCUUCAUCGAGAGAAGAAGAAGUUGCCUUCAUUUCUUGAUUGGUUUGGCUGGUGCACCUGGGAUGCUUUCUACACUGAUGUCACUGCAGAGGGUGUUAAGGAAGGCCUCAAAAGUCUAUCAGAGGGAGGCACUCCACCUCGAUUUUUGAUCAUAGAUGAUGGUUGGCAGCAGAUUGAAAGUAAGCCCAAGGAGAGUGAUUGUGUUGUACAAGAAGGGGCGCAGUUUGCGAGUAGGUUGACUGGGAUUAAAGAGAAUGCAAAGUUCAAAAAGAAUGACCAAAACAAUGAACAGAUCUCUGGCCUAAAGCAUGUUGUAGACGAGGCCAAGCAGCGUCAUAAUGUGAAGAAUGUGUAUGUGUGGCAUGCUUUGGCUGGCUAUUGGGGUGGAGUCAAACCUGCAGCUGCUGGUAUGGAACAUUAUGAUACAGCAUUGGCAUAUCCUGUUCAGUCCCCAGGUGUGAUGGGCAACCAGCCGGAUAUAGUUAUGGACAGCCUUGCUGUUCAUGGCCUUGGUUUGGUGCAUCCGAAGAAGGUUUUCAACUUCUACAAUGAGCUUCAUGCCUACCUGGCUUCAUGUGGAGUUGAUGGUGUGAAGGUUGAUGUGCAAAACAUCAUUGAGACACUUGGUGCUGGACACGGUGGUAGAGUAUCUCUUACCCGCAGUUAUGUUCAGGCCCUUGAAGCGUCAAUUUCCCGAAACUUCCCGGACAAUGGAUGCAUAGCAUGCAUGUGCCAUAACACUGAUGGAAUCUACAGCACCAAGCAGACCGCUGUUGUUAGAGCUUCUGAUGACUUUUAUCCUCGUGACCCUGCUUCACACACUAUCCACAUUUCCUCAGUGGCUUACAACACACUUUUCCUCGGAGAAUUUAUGCAACCUGAUUGGGAUAUGUUCCAUAGCUUACAUCCAGCUGCAGAUUACCAUGCUGCUGCUCGUGCUGUUGGUGGAUGUGCUAUCUAUGUCAGUGAUAAGCCUGGCAAUCACAAUUUCGAGCUCCUAAAGAAGCUGGUCCUUCCUGAUGGAUCAGUUCUCCGCACCCAAUUGCCUGGCAGGCCUACCGUUGACUGUCUUUUCGCUGAUCCGGCUAGAGACGGGAUUAGCUUACUCAAGAUUUGGAAUGUAAACAAGUGCUCCGGUGUGGUGGGUGUUUUCAACUGCCAAGGUGCUGGUUGGUGCAAGGUCACCAAGAAAACCCGAAUUCAUGAUGCAUCACCUGGUACACUUACAGGUUCUGUUUGUGCCAACGAUGUUGAUUUGAUCGCUCAGGUUGCCGGUGCGGACUGGAAUGGGGAGAGUGUGGUUUAUGCUCAUAGAUCAGGAGAGCUGGUACGGUUACCUAAAGGUGCUUCAGUGCCGGUAACACUUAAGGUUCUCGAGUAUGAACUAUUCCACUUCUGUCCCGUCAAGGAAAUUUCCCACACCAUUUCAUUUGCACCAAUAGGCCUUCUUGACAUGUUCAACAGCAGCGGUGCCGUUGAGAAGUUCGAAGUACAAAUGACAUCCGAUGAGAAACUGCAGUUCUUUGAUGGCGAGGUUUCCUCGGAGUUGACAACUUCACUCAGCACCAACCGGAAUCCAACAGCAACGAUCAGUCUUAAAGUCCGGGGCUGUGGGAGGUUUGGUGCAUACUCAUCUCAGCGUCCGUUGAAGUGCUGUGUGGACAAUGUCGACACUCACUUCAACUAUGACUCAGCCACCGGAUUGGUGACACUUACAUUGCCAGUGCCAUCGGAGGAGAUGUACAGAUGGCACGUAGAAAUUCAAGUCUAAGUUUAGCUUUCAGGUUAUUAUAUUAGGCCAUCAUAUUAAAAGUCAUUAUUGUAUGGAGGGAGAUUUCAUGGCUUUCUAGUCUAGUCUAAGUGGUAAUACGGAAUUGGGGUCCUCUACUGUGUUGUAGCUACUUUCUCUUAAAAUAAAAUUGCCUCUCUCUCGAAAA